GCUUUAUUCGUGCUGUUUCUGAUCAAACGGCGUGCCGAGGAUCGUGAGGCCUUUAAGGGUUCCAGCCAUUCGUCUGCUAUAAAGCGAUCGCUGGCCCCCUCGAAGUAGUAAAAAUCAUCAAGCUUCAAUUACUCAAGCCAUUCAAGUACCAUCAGUACACACUCCAAGACGAGAUCGACACCAAAGAACUAUCUUCAUACAAACCGAGAACCACUCUUGACAUCAUCAUGCCUUCUCUUCCAUUCAGCGCUUCGUCGUCGCCAUCUUCUUCUCCCAUCUCAUCGUCGGCGCCCUCGAUAGUUCUUCAUCCCUCAUCGGGCACUUCAUCAAAGAAGUCACUUCAUACCUCGAAAGAGGACGCUGCGGACGCAUACCGCAACCGCUACGCGCAAUAUCUUGCGUCGACAUUUAAUAUGUCGAUACAGGCUGCGCUGGCCGAAGCCGACAACAUCUUGGCUCCUCAGCGUCGCUCUUCGAGUAUUUCUGAAGCGGAGUCGUUACGCGAGAUUUGAGGUGGAGACGGCAGAUCGACUUUUUCAACCUUACGACUUUACGAAUCUGCAUGGAUGGGUAAUAAUCAGCAU